AUGGACCAAAAGGGCAUCAUCGAGCGGCGCCUCCCCAACGCCGUCAUCUACAACCUCACGCAGCCAAACCAAGUCACAAUCACGCUUCCCCCCAAAUCAACAUGGUCAAGCGGCCUCCACUGGCACGAAACCCACACCGAAUACCUCAAGCUCAUCAAAGGCAGCAUAAAAGUCCGCCUCGGAGACACCGAACAAACCAUCACCGCGAGCAAGACAGACCAGCCCGAGAUAACCGUCAGGCGAUAUGUCUGGCACGAGUGGCAGCGCGCGGAACUAGACGGCGAGGAAGUCGUUGUGAUUGAAAAGACGUAUCCAGAAGAUGGCGAAAAGGCGCUGUUUUUCUGGAACUUGAAUGGGGUAAUCUUGAGUGCUGGGGAGGUUGUUGGGACGAAUGUGCCUGGGUUCGCCUUGUUCCCUUCAAAGAUCAAGGAUCUCAUCAUCGAUUUCUGGAUCACGUUUAACCUCUUCAUCGUCUUCCACUCGCUGGACAACUAUCCUGUCAUUCUGAGCACGACGAGGUUCUGGAAGGGAAAGGCUUCGCGCGGCUUCUCGGCGGAUUGGCUUGUGUCUCACUUGCUGCUAUCGCUGGCUGCGUUGACCGGCCGUGUCUUGGGAUUGAGGGCUGUGAGAUCGGAGUACACGCCUGCUCCGCAAUACAACCGCUGGAAAGAGCAUUAUUAUAUCGAGAACUCAAGAUAGGCC